GUUGCCUAAAAGCGAAAUACAUUUAGAAUUGUUAUGAAAAGGUUAGCAUAUGUGUUGUGUUGUAUUUUAUUCUAAAUAUAUUAAGUUGAGGGCACAAUGAAUAACGAAGACUUGCAGUUCAAGUCUGGAAAUCCAGGUGCUGUAAAACAUGGCAAUUUCAUUAACUAUUAUCAAUUCCAUCCUCCAGAGAACAGAAUAAAUUUGUUACCAGACGAUAUUUGGAAUAUAGGGAAUGUCGUAGAUAAUAGUUUUGUAGCGUUGGAUAUUGGAUGCAAUGCUGGUGAUUUAACAGCAUCCCUUAAACAGUUUCUUGACAAAGCAACAAAACGUAACUGCGUUAUAUUGGGUGUAGAUAUAGACAACACUUUAAUUGAUAGAGCAAAUGAGAAAAAUAACACAAAUGAAUUGACUUUCAAAUGCUUAGAUGUUACAAGAAUCAAAGAAAGAGAUGAACUGUUUAAAAGUUACUUAAGUAAAUAUAAUAGAUCCAAAUUUGAUGGAGUGUUUUGUUUCUCCACUACUAUGUGGAUACAUUUGAAUCACGGAGAUCUUGGUUUAACAACAUUCCUUAAUGACAUCUCACAGUUAGGUGAAUAUUUACUGAUUGAACCUCAGCCUUGGAAAUGUUACAGAUCUGCACUAAAAAGAUUGAAGUCUUACAAAACUAUAUUCAAAGAGUAUGAGAACUUGAAGAUGAGAACUGAUGUUGAGGAGAAAAUUGAAGAUAUAUUAAUGCGUACAGGAAGGAGAAAGGUUUGGGAAUCUGAAAGAACAAAAUGGGAUAGAAAGCUGUUAUGUUUUAAUUAAUUCUUUUUUCCAAUAACAUCUGAAAAUACACAAAAUAAUAAAAAUGU